AUGUCACGAUUCAAUAGACUUCUGAGGUUCACAGUGGUGCUCAUACUGAUAAUAUUCUUCAUAUCUCAUAAAAUAAUAUCGAAAAAGCAAUAUCAACAUGUCCUUGAUCUUCAAUCCAAAUUAGCAAAUACAAAAUAUGAUAUAAAUAGCCAAUUGAACAUACACGAUUCAGCAUCCCAAGAGAAAAUAAUAUACAAGGAUUCCACAAAUGAUUUAAAGAAUUAUCAAAGGGCAAAUGCCACUUUUUUCACAUUAGCCAAGAAUGAAGAUUUAAUAGAGAUGGGUAAAACUAUAAGAUCAGUUGAAGAUCGGUUUAAUAAAAAAUUUCAUUAUGAUUGGAUUUUUUUCAACAAUCAAGAAUUUUCACCAGAUUUUAAAAGAACAAUGAAUAAUUUAUGUUCAGGAAAUGUUAAAUUUGAAAUUAUCCCUCAAGAAUUUUGGUCAUAUCCUGAUUGGAUUGAUAAAGAACGUGCCAAACAAGUUAGAAUAUCAUCAAGAACUGAUAUAAUUUAUGGAGGUUCAGAAACUUAUAGAUUUAUGUGUCGGUUUUUUUCAGGGUUUUUCUAUAAAUUAGAAUCAUUACAAAAAUAUGAUUAUGCAUGGAGAGUUGAACCUGAAACUACGUUCCAUUGUGAUAUAAAUUAUGAUGUUUUCCAAUAUAUGGUUUCAAAUAAUAAACAUUAUGGGUUUACGAUAAGUUUACAUGAAUUUGCCAAUACUAUACCAACAUUAUGGGAAAAUGUUAAAAAAUUCAUUGAAUUUUAUCCACAUUUCAUAAAUCCAAAUAAUUUGAUUGAUUUUUUAUCAGAUGAUCAUGGUGAAACUUAUAAUCUAUGUCAUUUUUGGACAAAUUUUGAAAUUGUUAAUUUGAAUUUUCUGAGAAGUGAAGCUUAUGAAACUUUUUUCAAUUAUUUAGAUAAGGCUAAUGGGUUUUUCUAUGAAAGAUGGGGAGAUGCACCAGUUCAUUCAAUAGCAGUUGCAUUGUUUUUAAAUAAAGAACAAAUCCAUUAUUUCGAAGAUAUUGGAUACUAUCAUAAACCAGCAUCUAAUUGUCCUAUAAAUGAUGAUGUUUGGAAAGAGAACAAUUGUUUAUGUGAUCAAUGGAUGGAUGUCACAUUUAGACCAUUUUCGUGUACGCCUAAGUUCUAUGACUUGUUGAAGUUGAAGAAGCCAGACAAUUGGAAGGAGCAUGCAGCUAUGGCGCAAUUGGGUGAGUGA